AUGGACGAAGCUGUGUUCUACAUCACCGAGGGUGAUCCCGCAGACAAGCACUCUCAGGAGUCGCUCGGGGCCAUAUCAUCUAUCCAAACUUCCCAACAUUUCACCUCAUUUAGAAACGCAGACUGUCCCAGAUAUGGUGCUGCUCUCACUGGUAUGGGUCCAGGUGAAAGACUCUUCAUUGCUGGCAGAAACAAGGCGCUCAUCACCAGCUACUCAUGGGGAAAAGAGAGUGCCGAACAGAGAUUUCCCGUACCGGAGAACAUGGCAUGUCUCAGCGUGGCCCACCACCCAUUGACGGGUUCCAACCAGUAUAAACCUCAGUACUCCGUACCAUGGCUUCUUGCUGCGGGAUCGAAAUCUGGUAAGUUGUAUGUGUGGGAAAUCAGCUCGGGAAACUUGCUAUGUGUGAAAGAUGCCCAUUACCAGGAGAUUUCUGUGAUCAAAUUCUCCAAAUGCGGUACCUUUGUCUUCACAGGAGGUCUUGAUUCCAGAGUGAUGGUGUGGAGAACGCUAGAUUUGGUUGGCGAGGACUCCACUGCCACCAAACCAUACGCAUCGUUCACAGACCAUUCGUUGGCCAUUACGGACCUCUUGGUGUCGGAGUCGUCUCUAGUCACCGACUUACGUCUCUAUACAACGUCUAAAGACGGAACCCUCCGAGUAUACGACGUUUCCACCAAAUCAUUAUUGACGACGUUUGUGUUUUCUGUUCCAGUGGAAUGUGUAGCACGAGACCCCGCUGGAAGAGCCCUUUACACUGGUCUUAACAAUGGUACCCUCAGACAGGUACCAAUGUAUGUGGUCAACCAAUUCACCCAUGUCUUGGAGGCCAUAGGAGGCCACGGGAAGAUUGUGACAGUGGAAAGCGACCCCAACUUGCACCAGACCUUCGUUCACCACCAGGAUGGCAACUCCACACCAACGCUCAUGGCAGUUUCCCUCGAUGGAAUGUUCCUUGUUUCGGGUGACAACACUGGCCGAGUGUUUGUGAGUGACGUGGUAACCAAACAAGUUGUCAAGGCAUUUACACCAUGUAAGUCUGGCAUUGCAUACCUCGAGGUAGGUGUCCAUGGCACCAAAACACUCAACGGAGAGGCUGAGUUUGAUAAGAAGCACCGUCUAUUACCUGGAUUGAAGAGAGUGCUUGUUUCGCCGGAUCCACUUGAACAUGCAGUGACCAUGCAAAUUCCCGGAGUGGAGGAAACUGACGUGGAGUUUCAAAAAUGGCUUCAGCAAAAAGCACAUGAGGAGUUUGAGUUCAAACUGGGCGACGAAGUCACGGUUUCCAGUGGAGGAAAAGAGGCAGAGCUCGAGGAAAAGCUACAAAAGGUGUCGAACGCAUACAACUCGUUGAAGACCAUGUAUGAAGAUUUGUACGCUGAGCACAACAAAUGA